GAGUACAGUCGCUGUGCUGCUGCGGUGUGGAGACAGAAGAGGAGGACAGGAGGAGAGAGUGGCUCAUUUUGGGGUUGUGCUUUAAGAGAGAGAGAGAGAGGCUUCAUCUUCAUCCUCCUUUCUUUUGAAAGGGAAAUAGGCAACUUUUCCCUGAACAGGCACAGACUUAAAGGAAAGUGGUGAGGACUGGAUCAAGCGGGAGCUCCUCUGACUGAAUUGUUCCUCCUCGGAUGUUUCAGAGAGGUUUUUAUGAUCCGAGACCCCCCCUGUUGGAAAUGAGUCAAACGGCGGACGGGAAGGAAAGUGAUUGAAGAGGAUGAGGAGGAAUGACAUCUUUAGGAUUCUUUCAUCUCCUCUCUGAUUUUAUUGUUUUGAUUUAGUGUGUUUGAUCUGUUGCAGAAAGCUAUAAUCAGAUAAUAUUAUUUCUGGUUAUAAAUCACACUCCUGGUUACGCCACCAAAGUUGAAAGAAUAGUUGUAAAAACUUACAUCCAUCUUUAUUAUAGGAUGCCUAUGCCUCCUGGAUUCUAAUCCAUUUUAAAACAGUUUUAAAAAUAUAUUCAUUUUCUGAUCUAAUUUGAUUUAACUCAGUCUUGAGCAUGGCCAUCAACACGGAUACCGACUUCCUCAAGUCCAACUUGGGUGAGGGUGGAGGAGGCGCACCGCCCGCGGACACCUAUGAGACGGAGAAACUCCUGGCCCUGACCACCGAGCCUGGAGGGAAUGGGAUGAAGAUGUCCACCUCCUUCACGGUCAACAUGGACACCGACAAGGGUCUGGAGGCCGACCAGAACGGUCACAGCGUGUCUGUGAGAUCGGGCUCCGCCGGGCAGCUGGCCGCCGCCGCCCCCCUGUCCCCGUCCAAGGCCAGUCUGAGUCGCUCCUCCACCGGGAACGCUACCGUCCAGGAGACCCCGAAGCCCAAGGACUACCUCAUCCUCGUCAUCAUGUCCUGCUUCUGCCCGGUCUGGCCUGUCAGCAUUGUAGCACUGGUGUACUCCAUCAUGUCCAGAAACAGUCUUCAAGUGGGGGAUAUCGACGGGGCAAGGAGGCUGGGUCGACUGGCUCGUCUACUCAGUAUCGUCUCCAUCAUCCUGGGCAUUGUCAUCAUUGUAGUCUACACCUCAGUUUCACUUUCUUAGGCCACAGGACCUGAGGAGAUCAAAUUAACCGUGAAACAACAACAACGGAUGCAACAAGAAAAAAAAUAAAAAUAAAAGCCCAUUCCAAAAUAAAUAAAUAAAUACCAUUCCUAACUUUAUGCCAUCUGGUAAUGACACCAUGACCACCCUCAGAAUGCAAAAAAAAAUAUAUAUAUAUAGAGGCAACUUGUGAGAACGGGCACUGCAGCAAAUAAACAAAUGAAAAAAAUAAUUCAGAGAUGCAUGCAUUAGAAUCCAGUAACAUUUGCUUGACAAAAAUAAUGAAAACCCUGAGGUAGAAUUGUUCAGGUUAAAACAGAGGAAAAAGAAAAAAGCAGAUUUGUAUGUGGCCAAGUCUUCGUCAAAUGUUUCUUUUUGGAAUAUUGGACUUCUUAAAAUGAAGAGGAUGACCUACGUAUGAGGAGAGAGUGACCAAAAGACGUUUUCUAUGUCUCCGAUGGGGCUCCUUUGAAGAAGAAAAAAAAAAACGGAUUCUGGGUUUGGACUUCAAACUUUGGACAGCUGCGUAUAAUCCUCAUAUACUCAUAUACUUCUCUAUACUCCUCUUGCAUUCAAAGCAUAUACAGCUACAAAUAUAUUUUAAAUAUGGAGAUAUAUAUAUAUAUAUAUAUAGAUGUACAUUUUAUAAAAAUGUUUGUAUGCCAAGUGGUGCUGGGUUUGUUAAGACUGUCACAAUGGCUGCUUUGUCAGUAGAAAUUUAAGGGUUUGUGAAAAGGGGCAGGGAACACAUUUUGAAUUUUUGUUUUUUUAUUAUAAGUUUUUGAACUAAAAAAAGAAAAAGAAAAUUGAGACCAAUUGCAUGCCUGAAUGUAGAUUACCAAACGUCUGCCUUCGUUUUGACUGUUAUUAGUUGUCUCUUGUCUUAUAAAGGAGUCAGAGAGGCUAACAGGUUUGCACAUGGAAGAGUGAUUUGUGUACAUUAUGUGAGUCCAGCCACUGUAGAAUGUGUGAGGACUGUGGUUAACCCUCUAACACCCCCCGUUGUGUCUCCAAAAUCUCUUUGCCUUGCUCUGGCAGAGACCUAAACGCAUGCCAAACCCCCCAGCAUCUUUCAAUUCUGUCUUUUCUUUUCACAUCCUCUAAUUCUUCACCACAAAGGCUGAUUCAGCAGCUUCUGUCGUUUAGUUUUAUCUCUGUUUCUCCAUCUUGUACCCUUAAACUCCAUUUUACAUAUGUACUAAUUUUUACACCAUAGCUCCUCAUUUUCCAGUAUCAUUCUUACAUUGUUAUACAUGGACUGUUAAAUGCCAUUGUUUCACUGUUUUCCUCUCCUUGUACUGGUAUGAAAUGUAUUUAUAUGGGAAAAUAUAUAUGCAAUAUGUACGCAUGCUAUGGGCCAAACAGGCUUACACACAUUUA